GGACAAUGAUGAUGACAAUUCUUCUCAACAAUCCUAAAGGUUACAUGUGUUGUAUUUGGCAUGGAGAUUUGAUGCAGGUACCAGAUAUUGAAGGAAAUUUUUCGGAUGUUUUGCAAAUUCUGGCAGCAGUACUAAACAUCAAG